ACCAUGUGCAUGCAUGUGGUAUGUCUCUUAGCACAGGGGCCUAUCACCCUAUAUAUUGCCUUUCUGCACAUCCCUUCCUGUGAGUUCAACCUUUUCCUUGAAGCUUCAACUCUCUUUUCCGCUGGUUUCUUUUCCUUGCUACCCCAUACAUUCGUAGCACUAAGAACACUUCCUACCACCCUCCAAUAACAUGAUCUCAUGGCCUCAGUAUAUCCACAAGUUUAUGUGACAAGAAGCCCAAACCCUCUCUCACAGGGACUAGCCGGCAUGCAUCUCUCAAUGAGGUCCUACUGAAUCAAAAGGCGUCCAAUGCUUGAGCACCACCCAUUACGUACAACAUCACUUUAAUCCAACAGGGGGCGAGAAAGAGAGAGAGAGACAGAGAGAGAUGGUAUAAGGUGACAUACCAUGUCUUCAAGGAGAACCAACUUCAGAAAUCCUCCUAAGCUGCUAGUAUCGUUUCUUUCUUUCCUCCCUCUAUAAGCGACCAUAACAUCGAUCGCUUUCCUCGCUUCUUUUAUCCAUUCAGGAACCAUGCAUGCCUCUAACUCAUUCACGCAAAUCUUCCUGGAACACAUGUUGUUGGGGCUCCAACAUGGUGGAGUUGCAUCCAAGAGCAUGAGCUUCCUGCAGAGGAAGAGAGCCAUCAAGCUCACGGCUGACGUUGCCAUGGCAUUUGCUAAAGAUGGUGCGAAGUGGAGCCAUGCCCUUAUCAUGAACCUGUCGAAGAAAAGUAAGAACAAGACCCUACUAAGGAGCAUCCUGGGGAGUGAAUAUGAGAGGCUAACCAAGCCACGCCUCUCAUGGAAGAUGCUUAGAGCCAAGAAGAUCUUGCAAAGAAGCUUCAAGGUGGACUCAAGAAUAAAUAACAAGGGUGCACGUCGAUUGCGAGGUGUUGACGCAGCAAGUGCUCACGAUGGAGCUGUUGUUACAAGGACCAAAGUGCUCAAACGCCUCGUGCCAGGAGGCGAGCACUUGGACGACUCCACUUUGUUGCAGGAAACCCUAGACUAUGUCGUCUCCCUUCGAGCUCAGGUCGAUCUAAUGCAUCUGCUCAUCAAGGCCCUCAAUGUUCCAAAUCUCAAAAAUCAUGCACUCUAAAGGAGCACUGCAAAAAAGUGGAGAAUUCCUAUUUUGACAAGUAGGCACUUACAAUAUUGGGGAGUUAAGGUGCCUCUGAGCAGAAUUCUGUCAUUAAAGACUUCAAGAGCACUAUAUAGACAUGGAAAGUACCGUGACCAUGUUUGCUUGUUGAAGCAUGUUUGAGGGCUGUACGAUUUCUCCUCUGCUACAUUCUAUGAAAGUACGGAGAAUAUUUAUGUACGAUGGUAAGCCCAACUGAAUAACAUGAAUAUUGGCUGCACAUAUUAUUAGACUGGAGAGGGAGAGGGAGAGAGAGAGAGAGAGAGCUCAGAAGAAAGAAAGUGGUGGUUAGGGGCUUCAGAAAGUCCAUAGACUAUCUUGAUGCUGUAAAAAAAGGAAUAUCGUGUAUGAAAUGUAUAAAGUAUAAUUCCUUGGAUAAAGAAGCGUAUCAGAGUAUCUAUAAGCAAGAACCAACUGCACAAAGCAUUAAAUUCUCUCCUGAAAACCUUAGGCAUUUUAAUGGGUAAUAACAUGUGUAUGAUGGAGAAGAUACUAAUGGAUGUAAUGCCACAGAACUGUAAACAUCUAUGAACCGUAUGAAAGUAUAAUUCCUCAGAAACAGAAACAUAUUGGGUAUCUAUAAGCAAAAACCAAUGGAAUGAAGCAAUAAAAUCUCUCCAGAACACCUUAGGAACAUAUGUACAGAGAAGAUACUAUCAGACGUGAUGCCUUGGAGCUAUAAACAUCAAAUAACUGUUUGCACCAAAUGUUUUGAAUUAGAGGUCUAUCAAAUGAAGGAAAUAAGUCUUUUCAUUUUUCUCUUCUUUAAGUCUUCCCAAUUCCCAAUUAUCUUGAUACCUAUCAAGAUAAGAAUCUUCGUAAACUGGGCUAUCUUUAUAGCAUGUCUCUUUAAAGUGAAAGUGGAAUUCCCCCUUUGUUUUUUCCUUUCCAUUCACUCGGAUCUCUUCCGUUUCAUCUAUUUUUUCCGGAUCU